AUGGACCAGCUGCCCCAGUGCGAUGCCCGCAUGCGCCUUUGUGCCAUCGUGCUCAAAGCACCCAGCAGCCUGUACAAAGUAGCAUCAUAUUCGCAGGGUGUGAAGUUGGACUAUGGCAGCAUGACUCUCCUAGCCAAGGCACUCUACGACAACCAGCCCGACUGCUCGGAUGAGCUGGCCUUCUGCAAGGGAGACAUCCUCACUGUUGUGCAGCAGGAGGUGGCCGACAGCGAGGGCUGGUGGCAAUGUGUGCUGCACGGCAGGUCAGGCCUGGCCCCCGCCAAUCGCCUGCAGCUCCUCCCUGACACACAGACCCCUUUCCCAAAAGGCCCCAAAGAUGCCUGCUCAGACGUCACCUGCCAGGUGCCCACAGGCCCCGUGUACGAGCACAUGAGAAGCUGGGUGGAGGGUCCCAGGCCUGCCUGCACCCAAGUCUACGACCUCCCAGCCAGUGCCAGAAUCAUGUGUGAGAAGACUCUGCUGAGCCUGCCCCAACAGGCCCUCCUCACAGUCCCCAGACCUGCUCGGGCCUCUCUGCCGCUGCCUUCCCAGACCCGGGUGCUGAAGGGGCCGACCGUCACCCCAGCGUCGACGACCAUCCUGCGGAGAGGCGGCUGCAGCACGCUCCCAGCCCCUCAGAAAUCUGAGUGGGUGUACGACACCCCGGGGCCGCCCCACCCAGCCAGAGUCUCAAAACCUUCUCCUACCAGUUUUGCUGGAGAACUGAGACCCCACACUGUCCCCCCAAACACAUCCAGUUUCCUCAGUCCUCUAGACACUGGGGCCAGGUCCCUUACUCCCCAUAUCCCCCACAGUCUACCCACAGAAAAGAAAUUCAGCCCAGCAAGAGCCCCUUUGUCUGGCUGCCCAGCAUCCCGAGGUACCCCAUUCCCAGCCGAGCGGGGGACCUGCUACCACAUACCACCCAGUUUUCUGCAUCCUCACUCAGAAGCACAAAACACUAAACCCAACAUUUAUGACAUUCCCCAAGGCCACAGAGGGGCCCUGGGGCCUGAGAAUGAGCUUAAGAAAGCCCCAGGGGGGCCUGAAAUGCCUCUGGAGCUCAACUCCUCCUGGAUCCCCAAACAGGCCGCUGGGCCAAGCACUGAACUGGAUGGCGUGUCCGUGUCCAGCUCGGACAGCAGAGCCAGUGUGUUUUCUUCAUGUUCCUCCAUGUCUACGGAAUCGUCAUCCAGUUCUGGCCCAGAGGAGUUGGCCUGGGAGCUCCCGGUGGACCUGAGCGAGGCCAGGGAGACGGUGACAGUCCUACAGCAGCGUGUGACUGGCUCGGUGUCCAACCUGCUGCUCUUCGUCAGUCGAAAGUGGAGGUUCCGAGACCACCUGGAGGCCAACCUCACUGCCAUCCGCAGCGCCGCUGACCGCGUCCAAGAUACCCUAAGGGAAUUCCUGGAUUUUGCCCAAGGAUUGAGGCGAGCGGUGGCCUGUCACCUCCCUGACAGCCACCUGCAGGCCAGAAUCCGGGACCAGCUCGAGACUAUUGCCAAUGCCUACCAGAGCCUGCUGGAAGCUAAGAACACCCUGGAGAGUUUCAACUGGUCCCUGGACCUCCUGGCGACUGACCAGCCCCUCCAAAACCCUGAUGACCUGGAGAGGUUUGUGACCGUGGCACGGCUGCUUCCAGAAGACAUCAAGAGGUUCACCUCCAUGGUGAUUGCCAAUGGGAAGCUUCUCUUCAAGCAAAACUGUACCCAGGAAGAGAACUCAACCCCAAGGACAGAGUGUGUGCAGCAGAAUCGCACCCCACAAAAGCAUACGCCAGGCCUUCCCGAGGGGAAGGAUACCCCGCAAAGGUGCUCGCCUUUGGAAGAGCUGCAAGCAGCUAUGUUUUCCUCAGAACUAGUCACCGGAAAGUGUUUGCCCAAUGCCCACUGCCAGGGGCCUGGCUCUGCCCUCACUCCGUCUCCCUGCCCACAGAACUCAGAGACGAGGGCCCACCUCUCGGAGCACUGUCGCCUCUACUUUGGGGCACUCCUCAAAGCCGUGGGCGUCCUCCGCAGCAGCCUGCAGUCCUGCCAGCCGCCCGAGGUCUUCGUCACACAGAGCAAGCUGGUCAUCAUGGUGGGGCAAAGGCUAGUGGACACGCUGUGUCAGGAGACACAGGAGCGGGACGCACGCAAUGAGAUCCUCUGCUGCAGCAGCCACCUGUGUGGGCUACUCCGGAACCUGGCCCUGGCCACCAAGCAUGUCGUGCUCCAGCACCCCAGCCAGGCAGCACUGACCUGCCUCCAGGCUGAUGCCGAGCAGCUGGAGCGACAUGUGCUUCACUUUCGAGGGAUGCUGGAAUGA